GAGAAAAUAAAAUUUGACCUCCAAAACAUAUUUACAGCACACACCAACACUUCAACUUCUUCUUCAAUAUCGGCCCAAUUGUGAUUGAAUUGAUCAAAAGAAUCAGUAUUGUAGUAUGUCAGUGCUGAAUGAAACUCCUAAAUUAAUCAAUCAUGGUCUUAAAUCAACUUCAAAGUUGAUUGAAUCAGAUACAGAAGUGGCAGUUAUUGAUUUAAAUUUAUUGGAGAAUCUUAAUACCAAUCAAUCAUUAAAUUAUAUCAAAUUAGAGAAGAAUCUUGGGACCAUUGAAAAGAGUUCUAAGCGAUUAGAAAGCUUGGAAAAGGAAUUUGCAGCAUAUUCAGGUAUUUUAAAUGAAAUUGAAAAGAAAGUAUGUAAGAUAGAAACAAUUACUAAAGAGUUGGAUCAAUGGUCAAAAGAAUUAGAAAGUAAAGUGAAGAAUACUACUUAUAGUUAGAAAUGUUCAUUUCCAUUGCUUUACUUUUGGUAUGUACUUUUGAGAUCAAUUGAAUAGAUCUUUUGAUCAGUUUAGUUUUCAAUCAACUCAAUAUUCACUUAUAAGGAACUACAAUUACUGGUGGUUUAUGAAUCAUCAUAUCAUUU